GUUGGAACGAGCGGCCGGGAGGGAAGUACAGUAGUAAGAGUAACACUGUAGCCGCCGGCGGCCGCGGGGAGCGCCGCGGAGGGGAGGUCGCACCCCCUUCUGUCGCGGGGACCCCGGCCAGACCCCCCAGAGGGUGGAGGUCGCCCGAGGACCCGCCCCGGCCCCGUCCACGUUUUCCCCAGGAAGCCGGACUCUAUGGGGCGGGACCCUGGGGGAGACUGAGCAGAACCCGGAGCCAACCCCGAACCCCUGAACCUCGAGCCAGGGGCGCCCCGUUCUGUGGGUGCGCCGCCCGCCUGCGGAGCAGCCAUGAGCGAGACGGUCAUCUGCUCCAGCCGGGCCACUGUGAUGCUCUAUGACGACGGCAACAAGCGGUGGCUGCCUGCGGGCACAGGCCCCCAGACCUUCAGCCGAGUCCAGAUCUACCACAACCCCACGGCCAACUCCUUCCGGGUGGUCGGCCGGAAGAUGCAGCCAGACCAGCAGGUGGUCAUCAACUGCGCCAUCAUCCGGGGUCUCAAGUAUAACCAGGCCACCCCCAACUUCCACCAGUGGCGGGACGCCCGCCAGGUCUGGGGCCUCAACUUUGGCAGCAAGGAGGACGCCGCACAGUUCGCUGCGAGCAUGGCCAGUGCCCUGGAGGCGUUGGAAGGAGGUGGGCCUCCAGCACCGCCACCGCCACCGCCUGCGCAGCCACAGGCGGCCCCGCCCUCCUGGUCGGUCCAGAACGGCCCCGCCCCCGAGGAGGCGGAGCUUCAGAAAAGGCAGCCAGAGCACUUGGAGCGCCGGGUCUCCAAUGCAGGAGCCCCCCCUGCUCCCCCAGCUGGGGGACCGCCUCCACCUCCAGGACCUCCCCCGCCUCCGGGUCCCCCCCCACCCUCUGGUCUGCCCCCCUCUGGGGUCUCCGCUGUAGGGCAUGGAGCAGGGGGAGGCCCACCCCCUCCACCCCCUCUCCCCACAGCAGCUGGCCCCAGUGGUGGAGGGGCUGGGGCCGCCGGCCUGGCUGCAGCCAUUGCCGGAGCCAAACUCAGGAAAGUCAGCAAGCAGGAGGAGGCCUCAGGGGGGCCCGCAGCCCCCAAAGCUGAGAGCAGUCGAAGCACAGGGGGCGGGCUCAUGGAGGAGAUGAACGCCAUGCUGGCCCGGAGAAGGAAAGCCACACUAGUUGGGGAGAAACCCCCCAAGGAUGAAUCUGCCAAUCAGGAGGAGCCAGAAGCCAGAGUCCCAGCCCAAAGCGAACCUGUGCGGAGACCCUGGGAGAAGAACAGCACAACCUUGCCAAGGAUGAAGUCGUCGUCUUCAGUGACCACUUCCGAGGCCCACCCCGCUACACCCAGCUCCGGCGAUGAGUCAGACCUGGAGAGGGUGAAACAGGAGUUUCUGGAAGAGGUGAGGAAGGAAUUGCAGAAAGUGAAAGAAGAAAUAAUUGAAGCCUUUGUCCAGGAGCUGAGGAAGAGGGGUUCCCCCUGACCACAGGGCCCCAGAAGACCCCGUUUCUCCUUUCCGCACACCUUGCCUGUCACCCUGCUUUCCCUGCCUCGACUUGACUUGGAAUUGGCUGAAGACUACACAGGAACGCGUCCUCCCCCCUCCUCAUCCCACUUGGAAAAUUCCAAGGGGGUGUGGCUUCCGCCAUGCCCACUCCUAUACUGGCUGCUGAUUGGCUGGGGAGGCCCCACCCUCUGCUCCCUUUGGUCCUUCCCCUCGGCCAUCCCCUUGGGGCAGGUCCCUCUGCGGGGGAUGUACCAGUGAACCCCACAGGGGGAGGAAGGAGGGAACGGCACAUUCCCUUGUUCUAGAUUUCACUUUAUCGCUUAAUGCCUUCAAAUUUUUGUUUUUUUAAGGAAAAAAAUUAUAAAUAUAUAUAUAUAUAUAUAUUUAGGUUUUGGGGGGAAGGGAAAUUUUUUUCUCUUUGGUUUUGAUAAAAUGGGGAGUUUUUAAAUGCUUUAGCCCCAGGCUUGUCGGAUUCGGGGCAGCUAUUUAAGGGGGCGGGGGUGUCCCACCAGGCUGGGGGCAUCUCCCCUCACCCCAGGGAACAUCCUUUCCCUCCGGCUCCUUCCCCUUUUCUAUGAGGAAUUAAGAUGCUGUAACUUUUUGGAACCUCAGUUUUUUGGUUUUUUUUAUUUGGGUAGAUUUUGGGGUCCGGGCCAUUUUCACCCCCUUAGGGAAAAUAAGAUGAGGGAGAAAGGAAAAGGGGAGGAAAGCUUUCCUCCCCUCUCCCACCUUCACCUUCAGCUUCUUGAAAAUGGGCCCCCGCGGAAUAAAUCUGCCAGUUUUUAUAAAUGCUAA